AUGGAAGCACAAGAGAGUCCGGUGUCGGUGGUGGGGGGAAGAGGCCGGCUGCCCAACCCAGUCAUAAUGGAAGAGGUCCGGAGUCCUGCUACAGAGCAUACCAUAGGCAAGGGAGAAGAGGCCUUGAAGGACGUUCUCUGUGGAUCCGCAGCAGGAGUGGUCGGAAAGUACAUCGAGUACCCCUUCGAUACGGUCAAGGUUCGGCUGCAGUCACAGCCCGACCAGGUGCCACUCCGCUACACCGGGCCACUGGACUGCUUCAAGAAGUCCCUACAGCAAGAUGGCUUCCUUGGAAUAUACCGGGGGAUCAGUGCGCCUCUGGUAGGAGCUGCUGUAGAGACAAGCACCUUGUUCUUUAGUUAUCGUCUGGCUGGCGAUGCACUCAAGUCCUCGGGAUUCUAUCCUGAACUGAAGAGACACCCUGAGCGUGACUUGCCAUAUUCUGGCAUGCUCUUUUGCGGAAUGAUCGCGGGCGCCAUCACCUCGCUCUUCCUAACACCGAUUGAACUCGUCAAAUGCAAGAUGCAAGUUCCCCUAGAAACGAGCGGUACCGUCGUGGCCGCACCAACCAUCAGAGGAGUCAUUGCUUCUAUCUAUCGUCACCAGGGCCUCAAGGGCUACUGGCACGGACAAUUUGGAACCUUGAUUCGCGAGACAGGAGGCGGUGCAGCGUGGUUCGGUGGCUAUGAAGGCAUGAAGAUCCUGUUCAAGGGCUCCGGUAUUUCAGCCAAGGACGAAGAUAUUCCCGUCUGGCAGCGCAUGGCCUCUGGUUCUGUCGCAGGUGGAGCCUACAACUUCAUGUUUUACCCUGCGGACACGAUCAAAUCGAGAAUGCAGACCGAAGAUGUCAAGCAAUUGACUGGCGGAAAGUCAACAUUCAGCGCCGUAGGAAAGGCGGUUUGGAAGCAACACGGUAUCAAAGGCAUGUACCGUGGGUGUGGUAUUACAGUUGCGAGAUCCAUACCCAGUUCUGCAUUCAUCUUUACGGUAUAUGAAGAGUUAAAGAAGCGAUGGCCUACUCGACGGGUAGAGUAG